GCGACGCGCACCCCAGCGGCCGAGGGAGCGGCUCCUCCUCUCUGCGCCCUCCCCGCCUGCAGGGGGCGCCCUUCCCCGCCCUGCCCCCAGGAGCCGCCGCUCCUGAGUCCUCCCGGCCAGCAGGGGGCGCUGAGCUGCGCCGAGCCGCUUUAGGGCCGCUCUGUCCGGCGGCCGCGGCGCAAGAUGGCGGAGGAGGGCUCGGUGUGCAGCUUCGUCUUCAAGAAAAGGGGUCUGGCGGCGGGUAGAGGCCGGCGGAAGCGGCCCAGCAGCGACCAGGAGCAGGAGAGCAGCGGUGAGGAGGGCAGCACGGUGGUGCGGAAGGAGCGGCGGCGGGAGACCCCCAACCCCAUGAUCCAGAAGACCAGGAGGUGCACGAAGGAGCGGCCCUCGUACGCGCUGAGCAGCAGCGAUGAGGAUGAUCCAUCGAAGGAGAUCGGAGUCACGUACAAAUCAACAAGGUCGGCGAAACCUGUUGGCCCAGAAGACAUGGGGGCCACAGCAGUGUAUGAACUGGACACAGAGAAGGAUAAAGAUGCCCAGGCCAUCUUCGAGCGCAGCCAGAAAAUCCAGGAGGAACUGAGAGGAAAAGAAGAUGAUAAAAUUUACCGUGGUAUUAACAACUACCAGAAGUACGUGAAGCCCAAAGACACAUCAAUGGGAAAUGCCUCUUCAGGAAUGGUCAGAAAAGGACCCAUCCGUGCUCCAGAGCACUUGCGGGCCACAGUGCGGUGGGAUUACCAGCCAGACAUCUGUAAGGACUACAAAGAAACAGGGUUCUGCGGCUUUGGAGACAGCUGCAAAUUCCUCCAUGACCGCUCAGACUACAAACACGGCUGGCAGAUAGAACGGGAACUGGAUGAAGGCCGCUAUGGAGUCAAUGAUGAAGAAAACUAUGAGGUGAGCAGUGAUGAGGAGGAUAUGCCUUUCAAAUGCUUCAUCUGCAGAAGUUCCUUCAAGAACCCCGUGGUCACCAAGUGUAGGCAUUACUUCUGUGAGAGUUGUGCCCUCCAGCACUAUCGCAAAUCCCAGCGCUGUUACGUGUGUGACAAGCAGACCAAUGGAGUCUUCAACCCAGCAAAAGAGCUCAUGGCAAAAUUGGAAAAACACAAAGGGGAAGAGGAGGAGGGGGAGUCAGACCACUCAGACCAUGGAGAAGACCCGCACUAGCAAAGCACUCUGUUUUGUACGGAACCGAAUAAAGUUUUCAUGGGAAGAA